CGUCAAACUCAGCAGCCAAUAUGGGUAAUGACGGUGGAAGUAUUCCAACCCGCCGCGAGCUCGUUCGGGAAGCCGCCCGCGCGCCCACCACAGCGCAAAUCAAAGAGACCCAGCGCGAACAGCAAGAGCAUAGCUGGACAACAUGCCCGCUCUCACACAAGGCACUAGCACGGCCGGUAGUUUCAGAUAGUGUUGGAAACCUAUACAAUAAAGAUGCCGUGCUACAAUUCCUACUCCCCGGCGACGACGGCGAGGGCAUCAGCUCCAAGUCCGAUUGCGAGGAGGUUCUAUGUGGACGGGUGAAAGGUCUUCGUGAUGUUGUCGAGUUGCAUUUUGAAAUCGACACCGAGUUGAGUGAGCAUCCGUCAGACCGUGCCAAUGCGCACCGUCAUAAGCGCCGUGAGGGUUGGAUCUGCCCGAUCACUGCGAAGGCAUUGGGUCCCAGCGUCAAGUCUGUCUACCUUGUGCCGUGCGGGCAUGUCUUUGCCGAGGAGGCUAUCCAGCAGCUCAAGGGGGAUAAGUGCCUGCAGUGCAACGAGUCCUACACCGAAGACAAUAUCAUUCCCAUUCUCCCCACAAAAGAAGCCGACAAAGAGCGCCUUAUGGCCCGCGGCGCCAAAUUGGCUGAGCAAGGCCUUACACAUUCCCUCAAGAAAGCCCCCGGUUCGAAGAAGCGCAAGAAGCACCCCACCGAGAGCUCCACGGAUGCGCCCAGAGCCACCGCUACGGCCACAACUUCUGCAUCGGUGUCUAAAUCAAACGGCGCCGGUAAUGGUAUUAAGAACUCUGCGACAGCUUCGCUGACUGCCCGCGUUCUGAAUGAGGAGAAUGAGAAAAAUAAGAAGCGAAAGACGACGGGUCGUAAUGAGAACAUUGAUAGCUUGUUCACGAAGGAUAAGAAGGAUGGUGCAAAGGCAGAUUUUAUGACUCGCGGAUUCUCUAUUCCGGCUUCGGCGAGGAGGUAGUUCGAUCUUCAAGGGUGUUACUCUGUUUUUGUCUGGAGUUUUGGAGCAGGUUGUUACUCGGGUUUCUCCUUGGCGGUUGGUGCCAUCUCAUGAUAGCCACGAUGCGUGCUUAUAUCUAGCACUGUACAAUCC